AAAGACUGUAAAUAUCCUAUGCUGAACUUGCCAACUUUUUGCUCUCCUGUUUAUAAAGAUUCAUCUUGGCUGCCUACUCCAGGUCCCUGCUAGUAUAAAGUUGCCCAAAAAUAAUCACUCAUUUGAUAAAGAAGUUAAACUUACACAGUUUCCAAGGCUUACGUCACAUCCGCAGGUGUUGAGGCUCUUGUUAGCAAGAAGUUGUCUUUGUCUCUGACGUCGCUGGUCGAGAGACUUAUACGUAACUUCCGGGAAAGUUUUUUUUUCUUCUUAGAAGGUGUUCUCUACUCUGCUUUAAACUGUCGUCGACUAUGGGCAGGAAAAAGAUCCAAAUAUCUCGGAUCACAGAUGAACGGAACCGACAGGUAACAUUUACGAAACGCAAGUUUGGUUUGAUGAAGAAGGCUUAUGAGCUAAGCGUGCUUUGUGACUGUGAGAUAGCUCUGAUUAUCUUCAACAGCACUAAUAAGCUGUUUCAGUAUGCCAGUACUGAUAUGGACAAGGUGUUACUCAAGUAUACAGAAUAUAAUGAACCUCAUGAAAGUAGAACAAACAGUGACAUUAUAGAGGCUCUUAGCAAGAAAGAACAUAAAAACAGCAAUGGCUGUGAUAGCCCCGAGCCAGAUUCAGACCAAUACUCACUAACCCCACGUUCAGAAGCCAAAUACAACAAGAUCAAUGAAGAAUUUGAGCUGAUGAUGCAGAGAAACAGUGUUCAGUUGAAUGGAAACAGGCCUCCUCAGCAAUCAAUACUCAGCCAAAAUCUUGCCCAAAUGCCAGCUAGUAUGCCUGUAAAUACACCACCAUAUCCACAGGAUAACACUCUUGUGCCUCCUUCACCCCAGAUGCCACCUCACUCCAGCAUUAGUCCACGUCCAAGCUCUUCAGGAGCUUUGCUAGACAUAAAUGGAGGAACAUCUAAUGGAUAUCAUCGAUCAGUUUCCCCUCAAGCUAUUCCUGGAAGCAGUUCUCCAGGAUUAUCUAGUAACAGACAUGGAAAUCUCAAUAAACAGCCCUCUCAGGCUAGUCAUGGAGCUGUACAGCGACCCAACCUUCGAGUGGUCAUCCCUAAUUCUCACACGUCAUCCGUCUCUUUGUCAAACCGCACUAUGAGCACUCCUGUAGUUUCCAUGGCAGCCCCAAGUAUCCUAGGAAUGGCCAAUUAUCCGUCCAGCCUGACAUCAACAUUUCAACCCAGUGACUUCCAGGUAAACCCAGAACUGAGUCUGACAGGUUUCAGCCCUCCUAGCCUUCUUUCUGGUUGGCCAUCCACACAAGGAUCUUUGUCAGCAGCCAUAAGUCACAACAGCUCUAAUUCAACUGCUGGGGCCAGUAUGCUACCUCAUCUGUCUAUGAACAAUGGAACCCCACCUUCUUCUACCUCUCCCCUUACAAUUAAAGUGAAGAGUGAGCCAAUCUCACCCCCUCGAGAUAUAUCCCUUCAGAAAACAUCCUCACUGCCGGACCACUUAUCACCAGGUUAUCAGCUAACACAGUCUGCGCGCUCUUCACCAGAUCCAAUUUCAGAAUACGAUGGUCCGCUAAACAAAAGAUCACGGGUGUCUGCCGAAGGUUGGGCUACAUAGUGAUGACCUUUGUGAUAGACUGAUUAAUAUUAUAAUGUGAAUGUAAUGUUUCUCGUGUCAUAUUACACCCUUUCCCAUCAGGGGUCAAUUUUUUAGUCAGAUGUGUAUCAGGCUAGGUGUGCAUAUGCUGGAAAAAUAAUUUCCCAGUAUUUUUUUUUGUUCUUGUUUUUUUGUGUGUGUAAAUCAUCAGUUGACCCCACCCAUCCCCAAAUCCCAUGGCUAAGGCCAUUAAUGUUUUCUUUAGGAGUGGAAUAGAGGUAUACUAGUUGGCUCAGGUGCCACAAGCAUUAUUGUGUGAUAAAGUGAUUUAGACACGAGCUAGCCUUAUGAAAAACAUUCAAUGAAGAGGAAUAUCUUAUAGCAUGCUAAUCAAAUGAAUUUUAGAAGAGUAUUGUUAGAUAAACACUGGCCACUGGGUGUUUGUUAAGAGAACUAAAGACAAUGGCCAUAAAACCAAACACUGUAUUUUGUGAUGUGUACCUCUCAAUCCUUUUACCCACACAGGAACAAUAAAAAUCUUCAAGAAUAGGCUGGUCUCAAUAUGUUAUGUACACACACCAGUCCUCUCUUGCUCCAGCUUUUCUACACUAGUAUUGAAAAUAAAUAAAUGUUUAUGUUGGACUAAGACUUGUGUACUGGACUUGUAGUUUUAUAUCAAAGAUUGUUGACAUGGUAUUCUUGGUAAAUUAUGGAAAGCUGUUGUUGAGUGAAUAUUUUCAGUGAAAUAUAUAUAUAAAUAUAUGUAUAAAAAUACAUGUACACGUGUCUUGUUGAACCAGUUAAAGAAAUAAAACACUUAUAAUUAAGUCACAAAAUUAUUCUAAGAAGUUAGCCCUAUUUUCUAUUCACAGUGUUGGGCAAAGAUUUGCAUUAUUCUCAUUAGCUGCAGAUUAAAUCAGCAAAUGCCUUAAUAACUGUCAUUGUUCCAGGGUAAUUGUCAAACAGAAUUAUCAAUGUUGAAGUUGUAGUAACCAGGCAGAAUGUUUUGUACAGAUCCAUUCUUGAUAUGAUGCUACAAGUUAGGUUUAGUAUUAGUGUUUGUAACAGUUGUUGAGACAUCCUUUCUUCAUGUCCACACCACACCCAAAGAUGAAUGUUGAAUUUGAUAUUACUUCCACUGCUUGUUUGAAAGUGAUGUUUGUUAAACUACUAUUACUGGGAGAUAUGCUGGGUGUUGUUAGUUUCUUUAGAAGUGUAAACUAUAGUGAUACCAACUUGAAAUGGUUUUAUCAAUUCCUGAAUAUUUGUUUUGUACCACUAAAUAAUACGAUGGAUUGUAGAAUAAGUUUGCUUGUGGUUGCCUACAUGUUUACUGUUUUUGUAUAAUGUGAUAGCUUCAAACUUACACAGCAAAUUGAUAUAUACUUUUAAGUUGUUUUUUUUUAUAAGCCUAAUAAUUCAAAGCAUUUGUUAGUGACAAGCAGUAUCACAGAUAUCAUGUGGAUAAAUGCUAUUAUUGUACACUUUCUAAGACAUGGUUUGGAGGGAACAGGCAGAGGAUAAAAAGAAGUUAUGUUAUAUAUUCUUAUGAAAAUACUGUGUGUGGUUGAUGGUUUCUUAUUGUGAAAUGUCAAGUUUAUAUUUAAUAUCUGUAGAUAUUUUUUCUUAGUAUAAACCACAUUUGGGGUCAGUUUUUAUGUUAUUUAAGGUGACCCUCCAGAAUUCUUCUGUACUAUAUUUUAAGUAACAAAGUUAUCCUAGAGCUAUACUUUUAAAUAUCUGUGUGUGAGUUAUUAUGGGAAACUUUACAAAAAAAAAUUAUAUAUACUCUUCAUAAAAAAAAUUUAUGACAGAAAUUAUAAGAAAUAUGUUUAAUUAAGGUAUCCUUAUUAUAUUUAUAUACAUUACAGUAUGAAAGUUGAAAUGAUGGGUUUUAAAGGCAGAGACUUUUUUUUAAACAAAGCUUGGAAGUAAUGUAGUGCCAUAUCUGUGUUGUUUUAGUGCCAACAAUAGAUAUCUAGCAUGUUAGUAGAUGGAAUAGGCUUACCUUGGAAGUUGUUGUUGUGUACAGCUAAGUAUGUUAGUUCAGAUAUCGACUUAAUAUAAACAAGUUACUCUUUGUAUAUAUGCUAAUUGCUCUACUGUGAUAAGCACUCAUCUAAACAUAAAUCUCCUAUAUUAAGAUUCUAAGCAGGUAUUUGCUAUAAUAUUUAACUAGAAACAUGUUAUAUAUAAAUAAUAAGGCUUACUAGAGUAAUGUAGUUUGAUAUGUAUUUUAGAAUGAAGUUUCAAAUUCUACACAAAAGAAAUAAAAAUUUUAGGUCUAUUAUAUCUUAUAAUAAAAAUGGUUCUAAUUAACAAGAAAACACCUGUAUGCACCUGCAGCUGAUUAUUUUUGUAAAUUAUUCUAAAUAUUGUGACUUACAUCUUUAUUUGAAUGGACGUGGUAUUUCCAUGACAGACAUUAUAGAACAAAGUAAAACUCUGGUUUUGCAGUGGUAUGAAAAUUUGGGUCAGCCAGUAGAAAAGAAAACUGAGAAUAUCAUAUUUAUGAAUUUGUUUGCAAGAUGAUGUUUUAAAGGAACUGAAUAUGAUGUAUAACCUUUAGUUGUUUAAAGUAAUUAAUUGUUAGACUUUAACUAAAAAUGGGCGUUUGGAUUGUUAAUCACCACCUUGAAAUAAUUUAAAACUUUACUUUUAUGUAUGUUGUAACAGUUUUGUUUUCUGUUGAGGUACUGUUUCCUUUUUUUUUAUUUCUAAACCUGUGAGAUGGAUUUCUGUUUUAUCUACUUGGAAAAUAAUUAACAAACAAUUUGAAUUAUUUCAUACAUACAAAGCUUUUUUACAAUGGACAUCUUGUUUAUUAACACCUAAUUAGCACAAAGAUCAACAAUAUGGUACAGAGAUGUACUACUUUUAUGGAUAACAAUCAUAAAACGUUUGUUUCAGGUAAAAACCUACAAAAAAUUUUUUGUCAUUUUUCUACUCAGAAUCUGUCUUUCAUAGUACAAGUUUUCAGGAUUUUUAUCAACAAAGUUUAGUUUAAUGAAAAUAAGUAAUAAUGGACAUAAAAUUUUGAAAAUGAUUUUUUCUUGAUGUCAUUAUAAAUAUGAAACAUCACAAACGCCAAAAUGGAAUUAGAUAUGAAUCUGUUGCCACUGUUUUUGUAGGUAUAUUCUACUUUGUAAUGUAAGCACGAAAAGUGAGUACAUGUAAUACAAAAUCUUAUAUAGGCUAUUCCUUCAACCAUUAAGUAAGAUAUUGACCUUUGUUUGUUUUUGUUUAUAAAGUAUUUUCACUAAAUAUAUUAAGUUUGGUAAGAUCUUAGACCACACCAAUUAUGAACCACUUAGUUAUUUCAAGACUAAUGAUUGAUUUUUCUAUAUGCUUACCUUAAAGGGAAGGAUUUCACAUUUUAACUAACAAUGUUCUAUCAAGUUAUCAACUGCUUAGAAAAACAGUACAUCUACAACACUGAAUUAUUUAUAUAUAUAUAGAAAUAUAGCGUCCAAUACCACAUAAUAUACCCCAACCUAACUGUCUUCUACUAAUUAACUAUCCAUAUUAUUAUUAUUUUGAUCGUUUCUGGUAAAGACUGGCUUAGGAAAUUAUAAAUUUCUAGUACGAUUUUUACCCAAUUUUUAUUAAUAUAAAGUAUCUUUAAUGAUAAAAGGCUGCUACUGAUUGUGUAAGUACACACACACACACACACAGUAAGUAAAACUACAGUGACGUGAUUUUAAAAUUAUUUGAUUCAGAUGUGGUGGUGGUGUUAGUAGUUUGAAUUGCAAGAGAUGGCGCUGUAUGUUUGGCAUCGCUUUCGUAAUAACUUUAAACAGUUUGUUAUUAGCUUACCAUUUUAAAGCUAAAUCGUUGUUUGUAGUAAAAUAAAACUGAUAAAAAAAACAGUUCUGACCUAUCGGAACUUUGCACAACUACAUUAUUGCCGCCCGCUAGUGUUACAACAACGAGUGGGAACUCGUGAAUAUCUUAUUUAGGAUCUCUUAAGGAUUUGUAUAUACCUGCUAAGGUCUUGUGUGUGCACGCUCUUGUCUGUUCCCUCCACUUCUGGAGAUUAAACUUUCAGAACUGUAGCGUUGUCAGUUAAAGUGUAACUACUAGAGACUUGUUUGUCGAGAACCUGUUAGUAAACACAUUUUAGAUAAACAUGUACAACUGACACAUUUGUCGAACAGUUCGUUGUGUAUUAUUUUUAUCGCUACGUAAGAAAAUAAAUUGGUUGUACUUGA